UGGAAACCUCAACGCUCGAAGCAGGAAGGGAGAUGUUUGGUCGCCAGAGAGAACCCGAGAGGCAAAUGGGAAAGCAGUCGAAGAAUGAGAAUAAAAGAUUAUGUGCUUCUCAGGAAACGAUCAUCUGUAAACUCCAAAUCCGACAAGAGGACCAGAAAGGAAAGAUUAGGAACGAAACCCAGGUUUCCAGGAAUAUAGUUGAUGAUGGUUCCAAACUAAAUAGGUAUCGCAGAACCCCCACAGGGAAGAAAACCUAUGAAUGCACGGAGUGUGAAAGGAGUUUCACCAGCAGCUAUGGUCUCAAAGUACACGGAAGAACUCACACAGGAGAGAAGCCGUUCCAAUGUAUGGAGUGUGGAAAGGCCUUCACUCAAAACCCGGACCUUAUUGUACACCGGCGAACCCACACAGGGGAGAAACCGUUUAAAUGCACGGAAUGUGGAAAGUGCUUUGCUGCGAGGGGAAAUCUCAUUCUGCACAAAAGGACCCACACAGGGGAGAAGCCAUAUCAGUGCAUGGACUGUGGACGAUGUUUCAGGGAGAAGGGGAAACUAACCAUACACCAGAGAACUCAUGCAGGGGAGAAGCCCUAUAAAUGCGUGGAGUGUGGGAAGUGCUUCGCAAAUAGCUCACCUCUUGCUCGGCACAAAAGGACCCACACAGGUGAGAGACCGUAUAGAUGCCUGGAGUGCGGAAAGAGCUUCAGCGAUUGUGGGACCCUUACUAAACAUCAGAGAAUCCACACAGGGGAGAAGCCCUACAAGUGUAUGGAAUGUGGAAAGAGCUUCAAAUUGAGCGGGAACCUUACCUCGCACCAGAAAACCCAUAAGGGGGAGAAAUCGUAUGAAUGUGAGGAUUGCAGAAAGUGCUUCAGUCAGAAGGUAGAUAUUAAAAUCCAUCGGCGAAUCCACACAGGGGAGAAACCAUAUAAAUGCACCGAGUGCGGAGAGUGCUUCUCUGUAAGUUCGUCUCUUAUUGUACACAAAAGAACCCACACGGGGGAGAAACCCUAUAAAUGUGAGGUGUGUGGAAAGAGUUGCAGCCAGAAAUCACAUUUUAAGACCCAUCUGCGUAUCCACACGGGGGAGAAACCGUACAAAUGCACCGAGUGCGGAAAGAGUUUCAAUACAAAACCGUCCCUUGUUGUACACAAAAGAACGCACACAGGGGAGAGGCCAUAUAAAUGCACCGAAUGUGCAAAGAGCUUCACAGACAGGGCUUCGCUUACUAAGCAUCGAAGAAUCCACACAGGGGAGAAGCCAUAUAAAUGUAUGGAAUGUGGAAAGGGAUUCGUGGAGGCCCAGGGUCUCAGUUCUCACCUGAGAACUCACACAGGGGAGAAGCCAUAUACGUGUGAGGACUGUGGAAAGAGUUUCCGUUUGUCGUCGUAUCUGAAGGUUCACCGACGCAUCCACACAGGGGAGAAACCGUAUGAGUGCAAAGUUUGUGGGAAGUGCUUCUCUGAACGCGGAAAUCUUAAAGUGCACCAAAGACGCCACACAGAACCAUCCAUAUAAGUGUGUGGAAAGACCCAACUGUCUUUGCGUUGAAGAAGCCCCAAAUGAGUUGGCUCGUUUGCAGAACGUUUAUGAAGCACAAAAGAACCCAGCACAUGAAGUAUGGAAUAAAGUUUCAGUGAUAAGAGACGUUACUAGAGAGGAAGAAACUCCCAGAAGCAUAGAAAUGAUUGGCAUGUGGAAAGUUGCCACGGGAAAGAGAUAGCGCACCCUCUUUGAAUUCUGUGGUAAUAGCAGCCAUCGAUUCUUUAGCAGGUCUUAAAACUAGGUGAGCACAACCUCAGGUGGACAACAAUGCAGGGCAUAUUAUACUGCGUCGUGAUUUACGUGACAGAAAUAAAUCCACAAUGGAAAAGCCAUGUGCAGGGAAAAACUAAGCACGCCUUAUGAUUCUGUAACUUGUAUAACCACCUUUAGCAGCAAUAACACGAAGUAAUUGUUUUCUGUAGGACUUUAUCUGUCUCUCACAUUGUUGUGGAGGAAUUUUGGCCCAUUCUUCUUUACAGUGUUGCUUCAUUUCAUUGAGGUUUGCUGGCAUUCGUUGAUGCACAGCUUUCCUUCCUUCCUUCCUUCCUUCCUUCCUUCCUUCCUUUCUCUAUCUUUUAACUAUUUUUAUUGAGAAAAUUUUAAAUCAAUACAAUUUAUCAAUUCUACAGCCAAUAACAUUUCUCCCUCCCCUCCCUCUCCCAUCCUCCCCGGUCUUCCCUCAGCUCCCUUUUCUGAUUUAUUUAUUCAUACUGCUUCUGCAUGUUAUAAAAUUGUACAUAUCA